AUGCUGUCGCCGUGGCACCACGGGCCGUUCGAGGAGGUGCGCACCGUGGUGGCGCGCUCCAUCGACACGCUGCUCUUCCACAGCACCGACGUGAGCACCCGCGAAUGGGGGGGUGAUGAGCAGAGGCGGGCGGGGGGAAAGCGGGGGUUGCGUGGGGGGGGAAGGGGUGCAGUAGGGGGAAGCGAAGCGACUGAGGGGCGGUAUCCUGGCGUGGCGGGUGGCGCUGCUCGUCCACAGCACCGACGUCCGAGGCUGCUGGUAGUGAGGACCAGGAAGCGCAACAUCUCUGUUUCGACUUUUAUUCCUCUCCUUGUCCCACCAAUUCUCCCGCCUCUGCCUGCCCAACCACGCGUCCUUUCUCUCUCCACCUUCACACCGCAUCCCUACUUUCCCCCCUCCCCUCCACACAUCCCCUCCCCUGUUCCUCCCAUCCCGUACAUCCCUCACCAUCCCCCCACCAUCCCCACACUUCCCCCCAUGUUCGUCCCCCAGUCGCCCCUAUCAGUGCCCAUGGAGGUGAGCGUGGUGCUGGUGGGGCUGGACGGGGACGAGAUGUCUCUAAACGAAUUUAAAACCGCGGCAGCUCCAUUCCUCCUCCUUCCUCUCCCCUCUACCUUCCCCCCACUCCCUACCGUUGUCCCUCUCCCCCCCCUCCCCCCCCAGUCGCCCCUAUCAGUGCCCAUGGAGGUGAGCGUGGUGCUGGUGGGGCUGGACGGCGACGGGGCGUACCGCGUGGACAUGGAGGGCGAGCAGGUGGAGUACCUGCUGCACCACGGCUUCAGCUACCACCGCCCCGCCUGCUGGGAGACGCGCCGCGAGAUGCUCGUGCAGCACGAGCUCAGCUACAACGUUGUUAAGGCAUCAGAGGAGAGCCUAGUGUCGCUAGAGAAAGCCGUUCGCUCCAAUUUGAAGCCUGCGCCCGGCUCUGCUGCUGCUGCUGCUGGCAGCAACACCACGGUGUACACGGUGGAGGCCACGAGCAUAGAGCCCACGUUCGACCGCAUGUACUCGGAGCUCUUUGAGCAGCCUGCUGAGGGCGAGGGGGAGGAGGGGGGGAGCGCGGGGGAGAACCAGCCGCACAAGGCGAUUGCCGUCUUCCUGUGUAACCUGGACAAGGUUUGCGAAGGAGGAAGGAGGCAUCAGUUGCAUUGCAACGGUCCUGAUUCUGCUGCUAUCAACUCCGUUCUUCCUGUCUCCGACACGACUCACUCCCACCCACCACCGCCCUCAGGCCAGGCCCUGGCGCCCCGCCACAUCGGGCUGUCUGAGCUGCAGCUAGAGGCACCACCAGUUACGCGCAUGGACCCGUCACGCCCACCGCCCUCAGGCCCCGCCACAUCGGCCCUGAGUGAGCAGCAGGUGGAGGAGCAGGAGGGCGGGUACUCGUAUGCAUACUCGUACCAUGGCGCAGGGCACGCACAGACGUGGCUCUCCCACGCCAGAUAUGUGGUGAUAGACCUCUCGGCCGGCCCAGUCACAUUCGGCCAUCUGGGCGAGGCAGAGGGUGCAGUGGUGCCUGGCACCAUCCCCCGCGUGCGCUCCAUGUUCCUUCCUGACCAACCCACUCUCUCCUCCUCCUCCACCUCAUCCGCUGCCACCGCCGCUGCUGGCAAUGCUGGUGCCGCUGCGGCUGCGGCUGCAGCGGCAGCAGCGGCGGCGUCGCUGCACGGGGCAGGGAAGCCGCAGAGCAAGGAGUUCUUCUCGGGUGCUCUGGCGGAUGUCGUGUCGUCCGCUGUGGAGCACCUCUUCUCACCCGACGUCCGAUUUUUGAACGUGGACGUGAGUCACAGGGUGCUGGUGGCGGUGAUAGUGCUGUCCAACCACCGCCACUUCAACCCCCUCGCACCGGGCCAUGCCCAUUCCAUCAACCUGCACCAGCUCGAAGCACAGAUCACGGGCAUGCUGGCCCCGGGGCAGGAGGUGGUGCUGGUGAACGGGUGGCACUCGCUGCACGACCACGAGCGGCUGGCCAUGGCGGUAGAGAAGUCCAUCCGCCACCAGUCCGUACUGCUCACCCACACCGAUGGCUCCACCUCGCACGGCACCAGGAGCUUCCUUGAUGCUCCCUACCUGCUGCACCAAUUCCACGAGUCGGCUGACAUGCUCGCGUCUGCGCUGCUAGAGGCAGCGCACCCUGCUCUCUCCGCCUCGCUCUUCCUUGAAGACCCGGCAGCAGCAGUGGAGGCGGCGGACGAGGCAGCCAGUGCGAGCGAGGAGGACAGUGUGGUGCGCACGUCGCCCCCUUCCCCCUCCAAGGCCCCGCCGCGCCGCACCAUUCUGCCGGUGAAGCGGUCGUGGGAUGCGCACGUGGGGCUGAAGGAGCGCACCAAGAGCACCGCCCGCCGCGCCGUGGAUGCAGAGCUGGCGAGGGAGCACGGCACACGCGUGCUCCCUGUCUUUGUGCUGUCACUAGCGGGCAUAGAGGGGCAGCUGACAAUGGCGGAUGAGGGGGGGCAGGGCGCAGGGCAGCAGGUGUAUGCGGCACCGGAUGCCGUGCUCGUGCUGCAGACAGCAGAGAACAACACCGUACGCACACGGUUCGUGUCAGAAGGCCAGCCGGUGUUUGUGUCGCCACAGCACCUGCAGCGCCCACUCACAGCCGGCAUAGCAGCAUCACUGGGAGGACUCGUGGCUCCCUAUGAAGACCUCAAUGUGCACAGGCAGCGGUGCAUGCGGCGCAGCUGGGUGUGGGCGGUGGGGCACCACCCGUUCGGGCCGGUGUCCAACACGUCGUCGCUGAGCGCGUUGCUCAAGGACACCAUCCUCAUGAACGCCGUGUACUCCCGCGUUGACAUCUCCCUGCGCUCCCUGCACCGCUGCAUCCAGGCCAUAGAGGACUUCUCCAACACAUACCUCUUCGCCGCACUAGGCAACGAGGUGCACCACCCCACGCGCUCGGACGCACACGGCAACACCAACAGCACGGGCAGCAGUCUCAACGCGGUGCUGAAGGCGCUGGAGUCGAUCUAUUCAGACCCUGCGCGGUCCUCGCUGCCCAUACCCCACUCUGUGGUGGAGCGACUCACACACAGCCUCAAGGAGGCGGAGGAGCAUCUAUCAAAGCUCAGCUCCCACCUCUAUGAGCACGAGCUGGCUGACGCGCACCACCUCUCGCGCUCCCUCCUGCACUUCACCCACGGCUUCCACCACUACGUGGAGGAGGAGCUAUCGCACGCGCACGAGGCCAUGCGGUGCUGCCGCAUAGAGCACCGCUUCCCCUCGCGCACGGCGGGCGCUCUGCUGUACGGCUCCAUCCUGCUGGCAGGCUUUGCCGUGUACUUCCUUGUCAUCUUCUUCUCCGCUGCUGAGCACUGA